UGCUGCUUCUCGGCCGGUUGGCCCAACCAGAUCUCGCCGCCGUCCCGUCCAUCGCCGUCGCCGCUCCUUGGUGGGCGCGGGGCCUUCCUCUCCUCCUCCUCCUCCGCCCACGCCGUCGCCGCCGUCAUCCUCAUCGCCUUCCUCCUCCUCACGCUGCUCUCCCUCUCCACCUCCAUCUACACCCACAUCCCACCACCACCUGUAGCAGCAGCAGCAGGGCCAUGAAGACCAAUAGGAGUCCUCCGCUCCGGCGACCUCUCCUCGCCGCCCCGCGCCCCUUCCACCUCCUGAUGCGCAGCGCCAUCGACGCCUUCCCCGCCGUCCAUUUCGCCCGCUUCGGCCGCCCCGUCACCGGCGGCCUGCCCUCCGCCUCCUGCGCAGCACCAGGACCACCGAGACCGUCUUGGUCUUGGUCUUGCAGGAGAAGCUCUUCUAGGCAAAGCACAGCAACCUGCAUUACCUGAAUGAGUUUCAGGGGCUGAGGAAGGAAGACAGCAAGUGGUUCUUGGAGUUGAAAAAAAGGCUCAACGCCGGGGUCCAUGCGCGAGCUGGUCGGCAGGGCGGUCUUCCUCUUCCUCUUCCUCAAGGGGAGGGAGAAGAAGAAGGCCGAGGUGCUCCGGUGAUCCAUUUUCCGGCAUGAGAUCAGCUGCAACUUUCGACGGAGAUCUUCCAGCAUGUGGGGGACUAGUUGAUGAGGCAUUAUGGAAGACAUGCAUCAGUUUGAUUAGACGCGCUGCUUAGUUGACAUUCCGUUCAGCCAAAAAGACAAAGCAGGGAUCCUCUUGGCUAUUUAGCUCUUUCAUGACUUUGUGUCUCUCCACAGCACAUUUCAACAUGUCACUGGUACACAAUUUAUAGCCUUUUCAUCUACGUAGGCGUCCUGUGCAGCUACUCUUUAAAUGGGCGCACACAAGUACAAGAUUUUUUUGAGUCCUGUGGCAGAUAGGCAUUUGGUUGAUUAGACGUGCUGAUUAGUUGACAUUCCAUUCGGCCAAAGGACAAGGUGGCGUAACCAACAAUAAUUCUGCCCUUUCUAGGAGGAAUCCUGAAAAGUGUUAUACUACCAAACUCAGCAAGUAGUACUUCUCACUGGAUUGCUCUUUGCAGGACAUGAUGAUGCAUGUAAAGAUUGUCAUCUAAGUAAGUUGCUCAUGUCUGCUCUGCUAGAGUGGUUAGCACCUGAUGCCUUUGCAGGCUCCAGGACAUGGGAAUCAAAUGAAAGAGGGCGAGACCCAAGAGGCGCUCCACUCACUAGUCUGCACUGGAAGCAAGCAUCGGUAUAUGUGGAAAAAGCUGGAGAUGCAAAGGCAAAGCAAAGCUCCCAGGAAAGGAGAAAGGUGGCUCCACUGCACUGCAUGGCAUGGCUGUUGCAUGGAGUAAAAGUGAAACCAACUAAGCAAAUCUCACUCACUCACCCAGCAAGUCCAACUGCAGGCAGCAGGCAGGGCCUCAUUUACAAAAGGGCUCGGCCCCUUCUGAACCCAGAGCUAGCUAGGGAAGACGAAGCAGCAGCAAGACCUGAUAGUCAGUGAUAAUCCAUCCAGGAGCAGCAGCAGCAGUGUAGGUUGAUCAGACUGUACACACACACACACACACACCCAUACAUGUCGUUGGAGGAUCCACGGAGCGCGAUGGAGGGGAGGGCGAGGCGGCGCGCCAGCCCGUCCGGGAUGCGCACCAAGGCAGUCAGGGUGGAGCCGGAGCCGCCGCCGCCGACCAGGAGGCACGAGCCAGGGACGAGGGCGGCGGUGGUGUACUACCUGUGCCGGAAUCACCACCUGGAGCACCCGCACUUCAUGGAGGUGCCCCUCGCCUCCCCGCAAGGCCUCUACCUGCGAGAUGUGAUUGGCCGGCUGGACGCCCUGAGAGGGAAGGGCAUGGCAGCCAAGUAUUCCUGGUCCUGCAAAAGGAGCUACAAGACUGGGUUCGUGUGGCACGACCUUUCUGCGGAUGAUCUGCUGCUGCCCACGCAAGGAACAGAGUACGUUCUCAAGGGCUCCGAGCUCCCGUUCGACCACUCAAAGCCCCUGCCAAUGCCAGAUCAUCAGCAGAAUAAUGCAGCAUGUGCAAAGGUUCAGCCCUGCAAGCCGGCUCGACAACAAGAGUCGCCUCCUUCUCCUGGAUCAUCGAACCAGGGGUGGACUUCCAAGUCUCCGUCUCCUACUCCUACAACUUACCCUGCAGUUCCAGUCAUCAAAGAGGAAGUACCGCCGCCGCCGCCACCACCACCACCAUCAACAACAACAACAACAGCUCGUGCAGCUGUUGUUCCAGCCAUGAAAGAGCACGCGGUGCCACCGCGACUUCUCCAGCUGGUCUCGCUGUCAUCACCAUCUGCAUCCACCACUGGGGAUGAAGAGCAAUGCAGAUUGCCACCACAUUCAGGCUCCUCGAGCAUCUCCUCCCCCAAGACAAGCAUGGCUUCCUCAGAUACAAGCUCACCCAGCCCUCCCAAACCCGCAGCGGCAGGGAGCGACGCGGCCACACAGACGGAUGAUAAAGCGCGGUGGGACGACGUGAAGCUGCAGCACAGACAGGGCACAGCAAGAGCAUCAUCAUCGCCGGAAGGGCCGGAGAUCGUCGUGGACGAGGAAUCCCGUUGCACGCGUGCGCCCGCAGGGGAGGACCAGCCUCGCAGCAGGAGGAGCGGGACCCUGCAGUCUCUGAUACGGGCGGAGGCGGCCGGCAGGAGGAGGUGCCUUCCUCUGCCGGUGGAGGACGACAGGGCUGCUGCUGCUGCUGCUGCUGCCACGGGCGGCUCCGUCAGCGGUAGGCUGAAGCCGGCCAACCUGCUGAUGCGCCUCAUGGCCUGCGGGCCGAGCCACCCCGGCGGCUUCAGCUUGGUGCAGACGUCGUCGUACAAGCCGUGUUUCCCGCAGCUCGAGUACCCGUCGUCUCCGGAGCUGUCUCCUCUCGGCGCACUGAAGCCCGCAGAAAAUUGCAGUGGCCGCCUGCUCGACAGUGCACUUAAACGCUCUUCUUCUUCGUCGCGCAGUCACCAGGAAGGAGUUAUCUGCGAAGAAGAAGAAGCGUGGCCGAAAGGGUUUAACAACAACCUGUCGAGAAGCGCGAGCAAGAGGACGAGCGAUCCGUCGUCGGGGAGGACGGCCUCUUGUUCAAAGGCGGUGUCGUUCCGGGACGAAUAGGCGACGAAGAUGGAAGAAAUUAAGGAAGGAACGCUUCAGGAGCUCAUCCACUGCAUAAUGAAUUGCUUCAACAAACUCAGCAGUACGUCCGGUUUGGAACUGGAUGCAGCUAUUCUUCUUCUUCUUUUCUUGUGUCUGUGAAUUUAGUGCGGAUCGGAGGUAAUAAACAGCACAAGAUGUUGUCGACUCCCUCCGUUCCUGAUUCUUGUUGUUGUUUGGACUAAAACCACCAUGACAAGAAUUAUGGAACGGAGGGAGCAGCUAGUUAUAUAUGUUGGCAGUUGGUUGUUACAGAAUGUAGCAGGUAGUACUAUAGGUAUAUAUGUUGGUAGUAACUUGUUGUUGUGAAAAUAAUAAUGGAAAUGUUGUUUGUUGUUGUA